AUAUUUACUCUGUGGCAUUUCGUGUAUUUUCCUAAAUUGACUUGUGCUGUGUUGCUAAAAAGUGUGAAAAUAAAAGUAAUGAAUGCAAUUAGAAAUGGGAAUCAUUAGUCUAUUUAAUUGGUUGCUUAGCUAGCUGUUAAAUUAAAGAUUUCAAUUAUCUAACGUGAACAGAAUUAUUUGCUAUUUCGUGCACAGGUGACGACCUUGUGUACAUGUUCAAGAGUAUUUGUUUGGCAUAUUUUCGAAAACGAGGGUUUUGUUUGGAGCCUAAAGUGUAUUAAUAAUUAAUUUUGUGGCAUCUUAGACUUAUGUGCAAUGGGGAAGACAAGAUGAUGUUGAUAGAAUUGGAAAGAGACUAGAGCAGCGGCGGUAUUAUGUCUGCGCCUGGUGUCGCGCUCUCGACCGCGGAGUGCGGCGCAGCAUGUCCAGCAGCCCGGGCAUGGUAGCGGCGCCGCAGAGCGCGGGCUCGCUGCCCAGCGCCGGCACGCUGCCCCGCGCGCACCACGCUCGAGCGGUGGCGCCGGCGCCGAAGUCGUACGACUACCUGCUGAAGGUGCUGCUGGUGGGAGACUCGGACGUCGGCAAGCACGAGAUCCUGCAGGACCUGGACGACGCCUCCGCCGACUCCCCCUUCUGCAGCGGCAGCGCGUACAAGACGACGACGAUCCUGCUGGACGGCAAGCGCGUGCGCCUGCAGCUGUGGGACACGUCGGGGCAGGGCCGCUUCUGCACCAUCAUCCGCUCCUACUCGCGCGGCGCGCAGGGCAUCCUGCUGGUCUACGACAUCACCAACAAGUGGUCCUUCGACAGCAUCGACCGCUGGCUCGAGGAGGUCGACAAGCACGCGCCGGGCGUGCCCAAGGUGCUGGUGGGCAACCGGCUGCACCUCGCCUUCAAGCGGCAGGUGCCGGAGCUGGACGCCGAGCUCUACGCCGCCAAGAACCGCAUGGCCUUCUUCGAGGUGAGCCCGCUGUGCGACUUCAACAUCCGCGAGUCGUUCUGCGAGCUGGCGCGCAUGGCGCUCGCGCGCAACGGCAUGGAGCGGCUCUGGCGCAGCAACAAGGUGGUGAGCCUGCAGGAGCUGUGCUGCCGCUGCAUCGUGUCGUGCACGCCGGGGCGCGGGCUGGAGCGCCUGCCGCUGCCGCCCGCGCUGCUGUCCCAGUGCCGCUCGUACGCCAGCGCCGGCGCGCCGCCCCGCCCGCGCCGCGCGCGCCCCCGCCAAGCCGCCCCCCGCCCCCACCACACCUGCGCGCUGCAGUGAGCGCCCCGCCCCCGCUGUGCCGCCCCCCACGGACCACGCAGCGUGUGUGACGCAUGUGUUGCUUCAAUGCAAGCCAUAUGAAUAUGCUCGAGUUUAAUCAGUUUUGUGAGAAGCGAACUAGCAGUGUUCUGUCGUCUUUGUGACUACUGUGACAUCACCUUUGAGUUGAGGAAGUUGUAUGAAUGUUUUAGCUACCUGAAUUAUAUUUAUACUUUAUCACUUUUAUCACACUAACUCUUCAGGAAAUAGUGAGAGCAGUAUGUAAACUUUUUAUACUUGAAUAUUUGAAUACUUUAAAGUCAACUAUAGUUUGUAUACAUACACAUGAAUCACUCAUCAUACUAUUCUACUCAUAUUACUCUAUUCCACAAUCAAUAAAUGCAUGAAUAAAAGAGAUGUACUUAAUGCUAAAAUGUGUAGGUACUUGUGUAACAUGAGCAGGUAAAGAAAUAAUAUUCGUACAUAACUCACAGAUCAUGACAACAUUCUCCACUGGCGGGUUGUCAAUACGCAUGAAUGAGUACCAUAGACUAGAAUAUUAUAUGUGUUACUGCCACGCGAUGCGGCGAUCGCCAUGUUCAUAUUGUUUCUUUAUUGGUGACUUGACUCAGUCUCAGGAACCUCACGACAGUAACUAAUGUUGUCCACUAAUUAUAAGCUAAUAAUUAUAAUCAUGUAUUUUAGCUAACCUACAAAUUAGACCUAAGUUACUUCAUUAAAAUUAUCUUAUAAGACUUGUAAAUACUUUUUGAGAAACAUGUAAACUAUUUCAAGGAAUUUAUUACACUUACCGACUUUAGUAGGACGUGUAAACUAAGUGUAAUCAUUGUAUAUUGGAAAUAUUUUAAUUAGCAUCCAUUGAUAUUGAAACACGUUAAAUUUAUUCAUACUGAUUAGUGAUCAAUUGACAUAUUUUUAUAAAGUUAUCUGGAUGAGCGUAGAUGUCGUGGUAGUGUCGAGCGUGUGCGGGGGCGCCGCGAGUACCGCCCCCGCGCCGCCGCCAGCGCCCCCACGCCCCGCCCAGCGACGCGCGGUUCCGUCCGUCCCUAUUAUUAGAAUAAAUCAUAUGCCUAAUCCUUGAUAUCAAAUCCCACUACACGACUGAAACCCCCUCACACUGACCGCAUGUUGUCCCUCCGCCCUCGAUAAUCAUUGGCCCUGAUGAUGUAAAUAUGAUUUGUAUUUUGUUUCCCUUGUGAUAGUUUUAUAGUUGAUAUUUAUAAAUAACCCAAAUAACACUAAUACCAACUGAAAGUUUGGAUUAGAUUGAUACAGUCAUAUGUUAUAUUAUAACUUGGUAAGUUGUGAAAUAAAUCCUAUUUAUAAUCAUAA